ACAGCAGAGGGUCAGAUCGAGCCACCGCAUCAUGGCCCAGCUAUUGCGACGGGCGGUAGUCAACCAGUGUGGUAUGAGCAUGUGUCACUCAAAAGCGCGCUUGUGCUAUGGACAUUUUUGUGCGUUAUAGUCAUGUCAUCUGAGACAUUUAAUUGGAUCCAGGGUGCUACAGGGGUAUAGCCGGAUGGCAUUAUAUCAAUGCCUGCGCCCUGUUGUGUUGCUAAUGCCGUGUUGUGUCGCUAAUGCCGCACGGCCGUGGCUAAUAUGUCACCGAGAGCUGCAACACUAGGCUUGAACCCGCCCGCGUUGCAAUCCUGCUCUACGCCAGUGGCUGCCUUCACAACGGUGUGGACUAUACCUACCUUUGUUUUCUCUGAAAUACGUGUCGAAUAGUCACAAAAAAAGGUGUCAGUGUCACUUUUCACUCCCAAGCGGAACAGCAAAGUGAAGAGGAAGUCAACUUAUUUCAAGCAGAAAUACUUUCCCCCUUUGCUGGAUAACAAAUUUGGGACGCGCGCUGCUGAGAGAGGGGUUUUCUGGUGGUUAGAGGAUCCCGCUCAAAUAGGCGCUGAAGACUGAAGUGUAUCUACGGACCAGGAGUGAAAGAUCCGGACUCUCUGCAGUGGUGCGGUGUCAGGGAUAAAUGAUCACCUCAACCAGAAGAGUGUCCCCAGACAAAUCUGAAGUUCGGAUUGCCUUCAGCCUCGACAGCACACAAGAUCGAAACGAUGUGGCCGAACUGUCUCCAAACUUCCCAGACCUGGAACAGAGAUUACAGCCGGUGCCGCCCUGCACGGCCCUGAGAGAGAGUGUGCACGUGUACCGGGAACACUGCAAGAUGGCCCGGGAGUUCCACCAGGUCAAACACGACAUCGCCAUGCUGGAGGAACGCAAGCGCAAGCUCCUGGCAGAGCUGGUGGAGGAUGACCAGGUUGCCAUUGAGAUCGCCCGACUUGAGGAGGAGUUCGAUCUCCUCACUGAGGAGAACCGCAACUUGGCGUCGAUCCACACGGAGCGCGCUCAGCAGCUGGAGAACCUCUGGCUGACGGAUCAAACGGGGCCGGAAGACUCGUGACCUUUGACCUGCAAGAGAGAUGAAUGACAUCACCAGACAUCCUGCUGAUUUCCAGAAAUGUUGGGCCUGAUUUCAGACAGAGAGAGAGAGAGAGAGAGAGAGAGAGAGAGAGAGAGAGAGAGAGAGAGAGAGAGAGAGAGAGAGAGAGAGUGGGAGAGAGAGAGAGAGAGAGAGAGAGAGAGAGAGAGAGAGAGAGAGAGAGAGAGAGAGAGACAGAGAGUGAAAUAGAGUGAGAGUGAAAGAGAGAGAGACAGAGAGAGAGAGAGAGAGAGAGAGAGAGAGAGAGAAAUAUAGUCAGAGAGAGAGAGAGAGAGAGAGAGAGAGAGAGAGAGAGAGAGAGAGAGUGGGAGAGAGAAAGAGAGAGUGUGAAAUAGAGUGAGAGUGAAAGAGAGAGAGAGAGAGUGAAAGAGAGAGCGAGAGAGAGAGAGCGCGCGAGAGAGUGGAAAGAGAGACAGAGAGAGAGAGAGACCAUAUUUCUCAUGUGUAUGAACCAAGGACACAAUAAUACAAUGUAGUGUUUUGUUUUUCUUCAAUUGUACUGAACUACAUGGUUUCACACAACUUAUAAAAGGCCAGUGAAGUGUAAAACAUCCCAAUCCUAUGCAGUUGCAAGACUCAGCCCCUUGUUUUCGCACGGUUGUUGUCUUUUGUAUGACUGCCCCUGAAACACUUGUCACUGGUUCUCUGGAUAUUUUAUGGUUUUAACUUCCCAAUGUAGCAAGAUGUGGUCCAAAUGUGUGACGCCAUUUUCCUCCCAAAGCUAUUGGCUAUUAAUUCAUAUGAAUUUUCACUUCCUGAUGUGGUAGCACUUAUUUAAAAACCACAAGCACAACGUCAGGGAUAAGAUAUCAUAAUAAAUCAGGAACAGUAGAGGCAAAAGGGGGCUAUUGUAAAAGUCCUACCUUUAAGUGUUGGUUUGUUUUUGGACAUAAGCAUGUGCCACCCAGCAGAGGAAGUCACAACAUGACAAACUGGCGUAUAUUCCUCUUCUAUAAAUAAAGUCAAUUGUAUUGUACAAUGGA